AUGUCAAAUAAUCUGGUAUUUUUCGUACCUUAUCAUACAAAUUAUGCUCACGUAGAAUUGAUUCUCUCGUUUGCUUCAUUUGCUGAUGUUUAUAUAUUUGUUUAUAAAUGGAAUCCAGCUCAACGAUUAUUGCAAAAUUAUUUUUCGAAAUUCAAAAAUAUAUUCGUCUACGAAUUCGCCGUUGAUACAAUUCUUCGCGAAGCUCUUCAUCAACAAGAAAAACAACAUGAAAUAAUCAUUCUUCUCACUGCUUCAAUUAAUUAUUCAUUUGGACAAUUACAAUAUGAUUUCUUUCGUAUGAUACAAAAUCAUAUUCCAUGGAUAAUCGAUGUCUAUUCAACAGGUCAUUGUAUGUAUGGAUGUCAGAGUUGUGCUCAUCAAAAUUCACAUCGAUUACCAAUUACAUUUACGAAUUACAUUCGUACAAAACAUUCCACAGUGAAUCAAAGGCAUGAAAUUCUUAUUUGUCCAAGUUUUUCAUCAGAACAAGCACCUUUUAGUCUCUUAUCAAAUUCUGAAAUUAUUCAACUUAUUUUAUCAUUUCCAUUUGAAUACGCAAUCAAACUACAUCCUUUGACAUAUCCAUCGAAUGAUAAUUCUGAUAAUCCUUUAUUUAAUUUGAGUGAUUUAGAACGAAAACACGCGAAUGAAUUAUUCAAUUCGAAAAAUAUCAUUUCAGUUCAACAAACAAAUACAUUAAGUUUAAUUGAACAAUGUCGUGUUCUUAUUUGUGAUUUCGACUCUUCCAUUCCAUUUGAAGCUUUAUAUUUCAAUGAUGGAAAAUAUCUUUUUGUCUAUGAAACAGCUGAACAACAACUUAAGCAAGAUGAUCGAAGAAAGUAUUUUCAUACAUUCAGCAGUGCACACCAAUUGACAAACUUAUUCGAAUCUUAUUUUAAAGGAGAACUUCUAUGUAAAAUAAAAGAUUCUCAUAAAUUCUUCUUAGAAAAAUAUGAAGAACCUGAUGGAAAGGAAAUUGAACGAUUAGCACGAAUACGAAAUUGGAAAAGACCGAAAAAUCCAGAUAAUCUUGAUGCGAAAGUUGAUAUGGAAAAAAUUAAACAAGAGAUACAAAAUCAAUUCUCGUCAACAAUUCUAAUCAAUCUUCUUGUACUUGGUGAACAUACCGUAAAAGAAAUCCGGCAAAUCUAUUAUGAUGAUUUGCACAAUGCAUUUGGUUCUUUAUUUGAAAAUGUUGAUCAACUAUAG